AUGGCGGCCCCAAAGAUCGCAAUUGUUUUCUACUCGAUGUACGGCCACAUCAAGGCAUUGGCCGAAGCUGAAAAGAAGGGAAUUGAGGCAGCAGGCGGUACCGCUCAGAUCUUCCAGAUUGCUGAGACUCUUCCCGAAGAGGUACUUGCCAAGAUGCAUGCUCCAGCCAAGUCAAACUAUCCCGUAAUCGAGCCUCAAGAAUUGACCCAGUUUGAUGCUAUUCUGUUCGGUAUCCCUACCCGUUACGGCAACUUCCCUGCGCAGUGGAAAGCCUUCUGGGACAAGACCGGCGGCAUCUGGGCCAAGGGCGAUUUCUUUGGAAAAUACGUGGGAACAUUCGUCUCAACCGGCACCCCAGGAGGUGGCCAGGAAUCCACCGUCAUUGCCAGCAUGAGCACGUUCGUCCACCAUGGCAUGAUCUUCGUUCCACUUGGUUAUAAGAACACCUUCCCAAUCUUGGCCAACCUUUCGGAAGUUCGUGGAGGUAGCCCAUGGGGUGCUGGAACAUUUGCUGGCGCUGAUGGCUCUCGCCAGCCCACUGCACUCGAGCUCGAGCUCGCCGCCGCCCAAGGUAAAGGCUUUUAUGAGGCAGUUUCCAAAGUCAACUUUGCGUAA